GGGUUCACCACUCUCCUCCCCGAGUGGGUGUAGGCUCCACAGAAGUAUUUUCAAAGAAAAGUACAUGUAAUCCGAAUGAGGAUGGCGGGAGAAGUGAACCCUUAACUAAUUUGGAGGGAGGGAAAGAAACCCCGAAAAGAUCGGUUCACCUUCAACUAAUCCAAAUCAUUUCACACGUAAUUCUAACUUUUUGAAUUCCUAAUUCCAGUUUUAUUUUUAUUUUUUUCUAAUUUCUUCAACUCAAACAACCCAAAAAAAAAAAAAAAAUCAUCUCAGAGAUUCAUAUUCUUACCACCAAUCUCAAUCUUCAAACUAUCAUUUCAACUAGAUUGAUUUGGGAGGCAAAAGGAUUGAAUUUCUCGUUACCUCUACGGCACCCAAUAAUCACAGUUCCUGGCGGCUCAUCAAUCCAUUAUUGUCUGGAUAGAUAUAAUCCACUGACAUUUAUAAUUAAGAUGUUUUUCGGGACCUAGUUAGAGCAUGAAUUCAAUGAUGGAAUUUCGAGAUGGGCGGCAUGACAGUAAUAAUCAUUCUAUGACAAAAUCUGAAACUACUCUUAGCGAAAGUGAUCUUUUAACGCCGAGCAAGAAGUCUGGGUCCUCAUACUCGCCUUCUUCUCCCUCAUCUUCUUCAUCCGGCUCUUCAUUUGAUGAAGGUUUCUUCCAACUAGAAGGAACCAAGGAUAACACGUCGCAAACAGGCACUCAUAAACUUGGUGAAAACACUCAUUUGGCUUUAACAAAUGGUCAUGACAAGGAGGACAUCCCCAUCAUUGUUUUCUCUCCAAAAUCCCAAGGAUCUGAUCUUGGUUCUUUGGGACCUGCCUCGCCAAGAUAUGUGUCAAGCGGAUUGGUGAAGCAAUCCCCUCCAAUCCAAGUGAUGGGCAGGACAGAUAACUUUGAAAACUCUUACAGGAUUCCGUCUUCUGUGUUUUCAAGAAGUAAAUCCACAACACCACAAGAAUGGAGUGUGGCUUCCAAUGAAUCGUUGUUCAGCAUUCAUGUGGGGAAUAACAGUUUCUCUAGAGAACAAAUGGCUUUCCUUGGUAAAUCUGGGGAGUUGGUCUAUCCUCUUACCAAAUCAGGAGAGUUGGUCUACCCUCCUCUUAACAAGUCUGGAGAGUUAAAAUCUCCUGAUUCUAAGUCGUCUGGAGAGUUGGUUUACCCACACUCUGGCGAAUUUAUCAGCUACCAAACUAGUGCACCCCAAGAUAGCACGGUAGUAAAAUCUGACAAUAAUACUUUGAAUUUGGGGGAGGAGUUAGGUGUAACUGAAGCAGCAGCAGAAACCAUGAAGGAGGUCCUGAGGGUUACUGCAGAAGACCGUUAUAAGGAAAACGCACCUACCGAAGCGGUCCGCCUUUCUUUUAGUAUCUCUCCCCGCUCUGAUGAAAGUGGAACCAGCGUCCAAUCUUUUGCUUUUCCCAUGUGUCUGAUUAUGUGGAUGAGGAAACCCUUUAUGUGGAUGAGGAAACCCUUUAUGUGCUGCAGAAGGAGAAAGAAGUGUGCAAGGCCAUCCUGCUACUGUUGUGCACGGCCAUCCUGCCACUGUUGUGCACGGCCAUCCUGCCACUGUUGUGCAUGGCCGUCCUGCCGCUGUUGUGCAUGGCCGUCCUGCCGCUGUUGUGCAUGGUCGUCCUGCCACUGUUGUGCACGGCCAUCCUGCCACUGUUGUGCAUGGCCAUCCUGCAACUGUUGUGCAUGGCCAUCCUGCUACUGUUUCAACUGUAGACGGGCGUUCUGCUACUGUUCCUGGCCAUCCUGCUCCUGUUGUAACGGUAGUUGGGCGUUCUGCUACCAUUCAAACUGUAGCAGAAUCUUUUGUUGUCGAUCUAGAACAUUGACAGCGGGGGAUAGAGGAAAAAGUAGCUCCGCUAAGACGGAUCCUGAGCUACAACAACUAGAGCAGCAUACACCGUCCAAAGACAUUCCAGCAGCCCCUAACACCCUUGGCUCGAGAUGGUUCAGCUGUUUCUCUUGUUGCCAUAUCUGCAAAUGCUAACAGAAUUUCGUUCAUUUUGGAUAUCAUCAUGACCUUUAAUGCGAGGUCGUUACAGUAUCCCGUCAGAUAUUACAAACUGUCAUUACUGCUGGUCGUCAGUCUUUCCCUCUCCAAUAUGCUUCCCGUGCUUGAUUCAGUUGUGUUAUAAGAUUGCUUUAGGGACAAUGAUGGAAGAACAAAUAGUUGAGGGAAGUGCGUAUUCUGAAAUCAGUAUAAACAUCGGAACAGAAGUUUUAUUUGUACGAGGAGCUUGGCAACUGAUUCUUGGUUAGAGUAAAAGAUUCAUACCGUAAACUGUAUGAUGAUACUUGUUGAAAAUAUUCUGUAUAUUAUUCUUCUGAAUACAUUCAUACAUACAUACGUAUGUAACAAGGGUUAUAAUAGUAUUAGAUUUUUCUCAACCUUUCAUUUAUUUGUGUUCAGACUGAUUGAUCUUGUAAACACCAUUUUAUAAAUCUCUCAUCAGCAUGCGCUGAAGUGAAUGCAAAUAUAGCUUAACUUGAGUUUGCUGCA